AUGAACACAAAAUUCUGGUCAUAUUUAAGUCCAUUAAUUUGUCGUCUACGGGGUUUGAGUAGUAUUGAUAAUGUUACAAUGCUAUAUAAACCUACACUUCCCAGUCUACCGGUUAUUCAAUUACCUUGUGAUUUAUGUGAAAAAUAUGAUUCAGAUAUUUUAUUUUGCACAACAUGUUGCUCUGGUCAGGGUUUAUUACCUCCAAAGCCUUGGACGGCACAAAAUGAAACGAUAUUACAGUACGGAAGUCAAAUGGGUCGGCAACAAAUAUUUCCAACUUGCCGUGAACUAAACAAAUCAUUGACUGAUAAUGACAUGAUGAGAUUUAGUUUUUCCGCUGUCCAAAUCUUGGAAACAGGUUACGAAAAAUUCACAGGAACGUGUUUAUGUAUACGUUUCGAACAAUCCGAUAUAGUAGUCGAUUUUGAGCAACAAAAAUCAAAUGAUUCACUAAUGGAGUUAUUUCUUUUUGGUCGUAAUUCAUUUAUAUCUGAUAAAGCACAAUUCAAACUAGCCAUUACUCCAUACACUUUAAAUAAGGAGACAUCUUUGCCAUCUGAACAACGUUUGGACCAUAAAAUCGGUUUAAAACUGUUUGUGGAUACAUUUCAUUUCCCGGAUAAAAAUGAUGGUGAAAUUAAUUUUAAACGCACAUUUCUGACAGCCGAUGAGGAAAGAAUUGAAUUGAAAAACAAUAUACCUUGGUCUGUACUUUAUUACAACGUAACUGAUCUCAUUUUUGAUCCCAAUAAAAAUAUUUCAGAGUCAGAAAGAUUUUCAUAUACAACAUCUUCAUCACAUUGUAUCCAUCUACAUCGUAUCGGUUUAGCUUGGAGUUGGAAUUCGAUUUUACAUACUUAUGAUAAAUCUAUCAUGAAGUUCAAUGGUUUUCUUAUAGGUUUAAUUGAACUACGUGAUCCUCAAUGGCCAUUGGAAAAUUAUUUUGAAUAA